AUGCAGUCACGAAGAAUUAUUGAUAAAAACGUUGAGAAUCCAACUUAUGGUCAAGCACUUCAUAAAGAAAAUCUAUUAGUUGAAUUAUAUGAUACUGGUUCUGGUGUGGAUCCUGCAUAUGCUCAAAAUGCUUGGAAAAGCUUUUCACAAGGCGACAUGUCAAUAACCAAAAAGAAAGAUGGUACAGGACUUGGUCUUUCAAUUUGUAAAAGUUUAGUAGAAAUUAAUGGAGGAGAAAUUAAUGUAGAAAGUCAAUUAGGAAAAUGGAGUAAAUUUUGGUUUACAUGGAAUAUUGAAUUAUUAUCAAUGACUCCUUCGUUAUUAAGAUCACAAUUUACUGAGAUAGAUUGUAUUAUGAAACAAAAACGAAUAUUAAUAAUUUAUCCACUUGAAAGUAUGAGAAAUGCAAUUUUAAGAUAUCUUAAAAUGGCUAACAAAAUUGAUGCCUUUGAUACCUUUGAUAAAGGUAUUGAAGCUGCUAAAGCGCAUAAACAAUUACAUGAUCGAUCUACUUACGAUAUAGCUUUCAUUGGUCUUUAUGAAGAUAAUGAAGCGGAGGUUACAAAAGCAAUACUAGAAUUAAGAAGAUUGGAAGUAGAUAAUAAUAUUGUAAUAGUACUUAUAGCAUUUCCGGGUAUUGAAGGAAAUGUUAUUGUGGAAAAAUUAACUAGCAAAGUUGGAGGAACGAUUUCUGUUCUUUAUACUCCAAUUACUUGGAGAAAGUUAUCCAACUUGCCCAUAUUUA